GUAGAGUUUUUGUUUAAAGUCUUUCCGUCAAUAGGAUUUAGGAAAUGUCCUAGAAAGGUCUUGAUUAGUGUAGUGUUGAAUGAUCGCGUCUUCUUGACGGAUUGAUUUUUUUAAUCAUCUUCGUGGUAGGGGGACACUAAGCCAUAAAUAAAUAUUUAUAUAUACGUUUAGGACAGCUAUAUUAUGGUAUGGCUUGAAAUGUCUUCGACAUUUGAAAUCAUUCACACUUUUUUAUUUUAAUGUAUAAUGAAAAACACAAGUUUUAAUUUUAGUUUACUUCAUGAAAGUUUAUUCAUGUGAGAUUUUGUUGCGUGUUGAGAAAUAGCCUCAUGAAUGGGAAUGACGUUUUCACGUUAUUUAAUAUAUAUGUAAAUGUUAAAAUGUUUUUAUAUAGCUUAGCAACAAUAUGGGAAAUUAGUAAAACGAAAAUUUAAAGCAAAGUUACCCUCCCCUCCCAGGAGUAAAACAUCCUAUAUUUACAAAUUAUUCUACAAACUUGUAAAAGAAAUCCACUUUGGUGGUAUCAUCAUUCAACAUAAACAUUACUCUAAUUUUUAGUUUAAAGACUUGUACAAUUAUAUCUGUCAAUAACUUGACUUAUGUCCAUCACAGAUUGUUUUUAUUUUGAUCGUAUUCUACACUAAAUUUUUGAAGUUGCCCUCUCUUACGUUAAACAUAUUUUACCAUCUUAUUAAAGGUGAUAUGUAUUUUGAUAAAUCCAUCUUUAAGAUCUGAAAUUAUAUCUCCUACUGAUAUCUGCCUCCCCACUUGUCGUCACGUAUCCAAUAUUUACUUAAUAUAGACUGUUUAUUUUUUAAAAUUGAAUCUUAUCUCUACAAGGUGUUUAUCGAUGUAUUUUCAACAUAUUCUACCAAUAUCUGACUCUCCAGGCUUCUUUCAAUCUUCAAUAUUGGUGACGUCAUCAGACUCUUAAAUGCAUUAAAUACGUGUGACAACGAUGAAACGACGUUUACAUUUGCUGCUCAUACAAUACUAUUUCGUAGCUGGCAUUUUACAUGGUUCAAAGAUGGCAACAGAAGCAGCAAAUAAUUAUUUCAACGAAAAACUUCGUUUAGUUCAAAAGCUUACGAACAACUCGGGAACAAUUAAAGAAAUUCUUCCAGCUCGUGAUCUCAAGUCUUCUGUUAAUGUUCAACUUAAAAUAAGCUUACGACAAAUCUCCAAAGUGGAUGAAAAGAAUCAGGCAAUUCGUCUUACGGUUUGGUUAACUUUCUAUUGGAAUAAUCCUUACUUGAAAUGGGAUCCUCACGAGUAUAGUGGGAUAGAUAGUGUUCAUGCUAAUAACGAGUAUUUUUGGCUUCCCGAUGUUGCCUUGUAUAAUGAAGCAAGUUUGGAGGAAGAAAUUGAUGUUCUUUUCAAACGUUUAAGUACUAAAAUCAUCAUAAAAAAUAAUGGUGAUUGUACAUGGAUGGCUCCAGCUACGUUGUUAAGUCAAUGUAAGAUAAAUGUUGCACAUUUUCCUUUCGAUGAACAAAAUUGUGCUGUUAUUAUUGGUUCGUGGACAUACUCUGAAAGCAAGUUAAACAUCUCUUACUAUAAAGAAGACGUCGAAUUAGAUAAUUUCAUCCCUAAUGGUGCUUGGGAAGUGAAAAAAGCAGUUUUGAAGAAUUUGAGAAAUACCUAUGAAAACGGCGUUGUAUAUCCUGAAGUGGUAUUUGAUCUAAGAAUCCAACGACUGUCGUUAUAUUAUGGUUUGAACAUCAUUAUUCCAUGUGCUUUAAUUUCCAUGUUGGCUUUGUUAAGUUUCAUUUUACCUUCAAAUCACGGGGAAAGGAUGUCUUUAGUCAUUACCAUUCUCCUUGCGUUAUCCGUGUACAUGCUUAUUGUAUCAUCUUCGCUACCAGAAACAUCUGACGCUGUUCCAGUUCUUGGUUCAUAUUGCUUUGGCGUUCUUAUGACUGUUGCUUCGUGCCUUAUUGCUACUUCUUUGACUUUAAAGUUUCAUAAUCACAUAAAUCCAAUGCCUAGAUGGUUAGAUGUUCUUAUUCAAAAACUUGCCAAGUAUAUGUUAGUAAGAGUUGAGAAAGAUGACAAAGGUGGAGAGAUUACCAUUGAUCAUAAAAGCUCCAUUUCAUUCCAUAAUCCAGAAUUCCACAAUCCCUCGGAUGAGAGUGUUGUUCCUAAUGACGAAACAAACUUAGAUUCUGUCUCGCCAUUAAUGAAUAUCAGUGAAAAAUCAAAAACGAUGGAAGAAUCGCUGUUAGAAGAAGUUAAACAACUUACGCGUGAAUUGCAUUUGAGAAAAGAACACGAAUCAAAUGCUAAGAAAUGGAAAGUUGCUGCAAAAGUGAUGGACAGAUUUUCGUUAGUUGUAUUUUCUGUCGUAUAUAGCUGUUUGAUCAUCUAUCUUUUGUCAUUCAUGUAACCUAGAGUGUUUAUUUAAAGAUUUUUAUUUUAUUCGUACGUGAAAAGCCGUCACGUUAAAAUCAGGUAGUUUAAAAAAAAACAAAACUAAAUCAUUUGAAUAAAAAAACCAAAUUGAUAACUUUACAGCACAGCGCUUGUUUUUUUUAUGAAAAAAUACUUUAAUGCUAAAUGGGAUUCGAGAAAACCGUUCAGAAAUUUUUAUAUGAACGCAUUGAACAUUGCCGAAAUAGACUGAUAAUUGAAUAUUUAAUUAUACAUAUGUAGUUUUAUAAAUAGCAUUCAAUAUAAAGCUUGUUGAAAAUGAAAUAAAAUCUUAAUAUAUAUAGUAUAUAUUAUUAAUGUAAUGAAACAUUUGGUCGCUGGAACCAUUUUAAAAAUUAAAGUGUAUCAUAUUUUCAUAUUUUCAUAGACGUUAGGUCUAACUUGAUAACAAAGAAAACAAAA